GUGGAGAAAAUGCUGAAGUCGCUGCAGCAGCAAGUGGAGAGUGCAGAGCUGAAGGGAACUUUGCCGCUGCGGAGUCAGCAGGUGACGGCGCUGCUGCGCUGCAUCUUGGCUGCGCUGCAGGGGCCGGAGCAGCGGCAAGCAGCAGCAGCAAAGCUGCAGCAGCUGGAGCAGCAGCUCAAGGGCUUGCCGGGGCAGCAGCAGCAAACUCUCAAAGCUGCAGACGCCAGCAACAGAGAAGCAGAAAUCCUCAGAAGUUGUGUUGCAAAGGCCGGCCCUUCUGUCUACGACUCCCUCGACGCAGCCAUCAGAACUGCCAAGGAAAGCAAAGAGGCCUCAGCCGAAAUUCAAGAAGCCACAGUGGAGUUCGCAGCAAAAGCCACUUCGGACUUGGAGGGCCAGCGGCACUUCAUGUUGGCUUCCGUUUACGACUUGCAGCUGAAGCAGGAGGCGAAGCAGAUGGCGGGGCGUUUCAAAAGUUUGUUGUAUUUGCACAGACACGUGGACCUCGCGGAGCGCAGAAAAAACGAAAAGAGCGAAGCUUUCAAAACCCUUCUUGCAGUUUCUCGCCAAGAGGUCUUCGAACUCCAAGAAGGACACAGCAGCAAGGUUCUCGAGUGGCAGCAAAACGCUCUUGUGCAGAGAGUCAAGGAAGACGACAGAAUGCUGAAGGAGCUCUCAGGCCCUCUCGGCCGGGCCUUCCAAGAGACCAUGGCCGAGCUGCUGACAGCGCGAGAAGACGAAAUUUCGUCCAUGGUGAAUAACCUCUCGGGCUCUGUGGGUUCGAUAGUGCAGCAGCGGUGUUCGAAGCUGACUGGCAACUGGAGCCAGUCUUCUUACACGCGGAAGGCUUUGAAGGAGUUGAAGGAACUGAAGCAGCAGCAGGAGUCGCAAAUAAAAGCAAAAGCAGAUCAGCAAAUGGAGCUGCUGCGCACAUCUCUGCAAGCUGCCCACGACGCUGCUGUGCGCCACUCCCGCGUGCUUUCGGAGCGCGAGCUCGCGGCGCUCACGAAGCUGCACAAGGCUUUCAAGAAGGAGCUGCCGACUCACCACGCAGCAGCAGCAGCAGCAGCAGCAGCAGCAGCAGACACGCAGGCCGAGGCUCUCGGCGCUGCUCGCAGGUGCAAAGGAAGUUCCGGAAAGAUCGUCACUGAGAUGUUCUCUGCAUGCUUUGCAAACGCAGACUCGCAGGACAAGUCCUCUCCAGCCCAGCCCCCCCUCUCCUUCGACUCCGACAAAAUCGACGCAAUUCGCAAAGAAGCUCUUGAAAAACUUGCUGCAGCUUUUGCCCGCCGCGAAGAACUCCACAAACAGGCGGAGGCGCAAAGGCUCGACCACCUCGAGAAGCACCGCCAAGCAGUCUUGAAGUUCAUCACGGAAACUUCGAAACUCGCCUCGGACCGCGCGCGCAGCGCCGUCAGCAAAGUCGCAACUCUUGCGGAAGCAACAGCAGCAGCAGAAGCAAGUCUGGGGGCCCCCCUGGUGCGGCACAUGGGUUUGUCUCGAGCUUUUGAAGAUUUGCUGCAAGUCCAGGCGCUGCCAGACAGCACCCGCAGCAAAGUUCUGACUCUGAGACAGAAGCAGCAAGCCACUUUCCAGGCUGUCCUCGAUGCCCACAACAAAAAGCUCCAACUCGCCCACUCCACUGCAGUUGUGGGCCUCAAGCGCACAAACAAUCGCUACAUAGAGGGACUGAAACAAGCCAUGUACAAACACCGAGAAGAGACAGAAGAAUUGGCCAGGCAGGCGUUGGAGAAACUCGCAGAAAUCCACAAAAAAGAUAUCGAGGAAAGGACUCAACUCAAGACUCUUUUGGCCAACAGCAUUUCUGAAGCUUUGGUGCUGACGGCAGAGGCGGAGGCGCGCACAGAAACCUGCCAGAAGCAGCUAAAGCUCCUCGAGGGAUAUAAAAGCCAUCAGUAUGACUCUGCAGAGCUCAAGUCCAGACUGGACGAGGCUGCUGCAGAGGAGCAAAGUCUGGUCAAACGUGCGCAGGAAGAAGAAGAAUCGCGUCUGGAAGACCAGAAAACAGCCUUUGAAAUGCUUGGCGCCAAGGAGAUGGAGCUGGUCGAACUGCUGCAUGCGCAUCAGCUGCAUGUCAGUGACAGCAGCCACAUGGAAAUAGCCGCGGCAGAGCUCCAUGAAGCAGAGGUGCACAGCGCCACAGAACGCAUUACAGAGCUGCUGCUGCAGCACGCCAAGACCCAGUCCGCAGCAAUAUUCAGCAUUGUCACUAGCGGUGCUCCCGCGGUGGAGGCCGACGUUGCUGACUACUGCGCGAGCUGGGAGAAGUUGCAACAGUACCAGGGUCCGAUGGCGACAGAGAAAAGCCGAUUCGUGAAUGACUUGUUGCACCAGCUGGCCGUGUACCAAGCGAAUGCAGACUUCGAGGCGGGGAAAACGGCUUUGGACACGAAAAACGGCGAAGAGCUGAGGGCCGUGGAGGCCGAGCUCGAAGAGCUUGAGGCCCUGAGCAAGCUCGCUGCGGAGCCAGCGAACUUCAGCCAGGCUGCUGCUGGCUCAGCAGACGGAGCCGAUGAGGCUGCACAGGCUGAAGACUCAGGAGAAACUGAUGGAAAGGUCCGGGGCAGCGCAGAGGAUCCAGAGGCAUCCGGUGCAGAGAAGCAACUUGGGGAGGACUCUGCUGCGGGCCCCACCAGCAGCGGAGAAGCUGGAGAAAACGCAGCAGGGGCGGGAGAAGGACAGGAAGGUGGUGAAGAAUUGCAAAGUGGCAGAGAUGCGGUGGAGGAGAAGCGGCGGCAGCUGGAACUUGCGUUGGCCGCGGGAGAUAUAAAAGGGGCUCAAGCGCAUCUCGUUGAGAUCUACAAGCAGCGCAUGAGGUACGCCGAAGAAGAAGCUGAUCGGGAAAGAAUGCUGCAAGACCAGCGCACGCAGCAGUUGCUGCAGGAGAGGCGGCAGCGGCUGCUUGAGAAGAAAGCCCGGCUGGAGGCGGAACGGCAGCAGGCCCUGGAAGAACUGGAGAAAGCGAAACAGGAAAAGCUUGACAAGCUGCAGCAAGAGCUGCAGCAGGACCUUGUGGACUUUUCCAUAGAGUUCGAAGUCGAGCCGCACGAACUUGACAAGCUCGCUCGCCAACUCUGGACAGAAUCCCACCAGCGCUACCAGAAACAGCUGCGGGAGCUUGAAAAGAGGCAGGCACAAGACACGGAAAGUGGCUACGAAGCAUUCCUCAAGGAGUGGGAAUCAAACCACGACGGAGAGGUUGAAGCUGAGCUUCAACUUAGGCAUGUGGCCUGGCGGGCAGCUGCGAGAGAAUUGGAAGACCACCAGCUGCACGAAAAACACGAACUCGAAGAGUCAUGGCAAACGGCCCUGGAGGAAAGGAAACAAAUGAGUGAAGUCUGGCAGCAGCGCUUCCAGCAAAUUCGGCAAGAGCAAGCGGAGGCCCAGAGAGCCAUAGAGGAGAAGCAGGCAGCGUACAAGGCUCAAGUGGGAGAGCGCAUAAGAGCCGUUGAAGAGCAGUGGGCACAAAAGCUGCGGGAUCUCAAAGACGAAGAGUGGACGAAACUUCAGCAAGUGCAAGAGCUCGCGGAGGCGGGCAUAAAGGAACGCCGAAUGAUGAUUGCCGCAGCCACGGAAGCAAGAAUGAAGGCAAGUAAAGGGGAAGGAGGCGAGGCCGGAGGCCCCACGGGGGAUACAAUGCACGACCGGUUGCUAAAUGAGCUGACGGCAGAUCUGCGUCAGCUGGAACGCGCUCUUCAAGCCGAGAAAAAUCGCCAGCAAGCGAAAUAUCAGGAGAAACUCCUCAAGAGGAUGCAGCAAAGAAGACGCCGCAUCCUAACUGACGCAGCGAAAGAGCAGAAAGCAAUGGCUCAAGAUGCUCUGGAGCAUCAGGCCCAACUACUGACCCAGCAACUCCACCAGCAACGCUUCCUCUUUAGUCGAGCAAAAACUAAACAAGUGGCGCUCAAGUUCUCUCACCAGUGGCUGGUACAAGCCCGGCAAAUGCUGCGAGCUCGCGCUGAAGGUGCUGAAGAAGAUGAACAGAAGUUGCACGAGCUGUCAGAGAGAGAGUUUAUGAAACGCUGCAACCUCAUGCGCAAGACGCUUGCGAAGAGCAUGAAACAAGUUGAGUCUCUCGUUCGGGGUCUUAUGCCAGACAAGAGUUCGCGAGACACCCCAAGAGGCGAUGAAGGUCAAACAAUAAGACAGGACCGGCAAGGCCAAGCAGCUAGACUGGCAGUGUGCCUUCAAGAGGUAUCGACUUCUGCCACGCAGCUCAACGUCGUUCAGCGAAAAUUCCUCAACUCUCGCACAUGA